AUGAUAAUUCCCUUUAAUUUCUAUUCUAACACGGGCUGGUAUCAGUGGUUAGACGAGAACUCCCCUCUGCCCCCCUACUCUACGUUACUCGCUCGCGCCAUACAGAAGAGUCAAAACGAAUCCAAUACGCAAGCACAAUCUCAGCCUUCCCCCAAAGAGAAGAAAGAUCUAACAUCUGCUAUACUAUCCAAAUCUAACAUGGCGAGAGCGUUAAAGGAAUCCGGCUACGAAUCAGAUUCUACAAUAGUAUUCCGACGUCAAGCCGCCCCUUUGUCGCCGAGUGAACGAAGAGCGGCCUAUCGUGAUUUACAAGCAGGGGGUGAACCGCCAAGAGGGGGAUUCCGCUCCCCCGCACCAAAUAGACAAGACGAAACAGAAAUAGAAUACAUUCCUAUAUCUCCGACGUUGACGAAAAUAAGGAUACAUAAAAAGACGCCUCAGAUGCAUGAAGUUAUAUGCUAUCCUGUUACAAGCAAUCCUAUUGAACAACAAUAUUUGAAAAGUAGACCAGGUAGCGAUUCAAAGUUCCGAAAAUAUGAGAUUGAUGAAGAAGGGGCACCAAUUCCUCCAACAAGAAUCUCUUCAAGAAAUAGUCAAACCCUAAAGUUUAUGACGUCUAAGACACCAACUUUCGAGUCUUCCACUAAACUUUCAAAGGAACAAUCGAAUGUAGAAUUUCUAAAAGACAAAAUAUCUAAUAAGUUGAACAGGCAGAAUACCCACAUUAUAAUAAAACCAAAAUCACUUCAAAACAGCCAUAGACGAAUCAUGUCUACGUCCGCUCCACCAGUUUUAAAUAGAAAUAAAACUAAUGGUACUUUACCUAAAAAUAAUGUGAAAACUUCAAAACCACUUGGGACCAGUAGUUUCAGUUCAGAAAGAAGGAUAAUACUGCCCAUAAACUAUCCUACUGGUAGAAGUAAGAGUGGAGAUACUUCUUCAGUAAUUAUUGAAGGUGGCGUCGGUAGACGAACACCUAUAACAAAUAUUUUGGAUAAAGUGACCCAAAUAGAUAAAUUAUGGGGUUCUCAGAAAAGAAAUGAAAGAAUCGAUGUCUCGAAAAUAAAACCAAAAAGUAUAAUCAAAUCUCCUUCAAAACCGCUAUCUCCUAAAACUCCUAACUUAAGUCCCAGAUACGAAGGAACAGUUACUCAUAAAAGCCGAGACAUGAUACGAACCGCAGAGAAAAUUCAAAAUAUGAAAGUACAAGCAAAAUCGACUCCUUGUUUGGCCAAACAAUACAAUAAGUCCGUAAAAUCGAAUUCUCUACAAGUAAUGUCAAAUAUGUCAAAAUCGUCUUCUAGUAUACAACCACUUUCAAAAAAACAACAUCCAGUGAAGACAGCAACAGUUACAAGUCUAAAAAAGAAAAAGUCUUUAGAAAGUAUACCUCUUAAACCCCGACAUACAUUGACAAAUGAACAAAACAUCAAGAAAGUAAAAUAUGCAAGUAACCAUAAAAAGUUACAAAAAAGUAAUAAAACCCUGAAUAAAAAACAGCAAAAAGAUUUGCAUUCUGAAAGCGACACUUGUAAUCAAUUUGGAGAAAAUUUAGAUAAAUUGUCUAAUAAAGGUUCUGUUGAAUUUUUAGAUCAACUAACUUCGAACGAUUUAAGAGAAGCGAGAAAUAAUAUUGUGUCCGACUCAUUUUUCCAACACCUGUUUUUAAGAGAUGCCGUAAUACCGCCUGAUAUGCAGAAUUAUGAAAAUGCGCGUACGUCAGUAUUGCAAAAAGCUAAAUACUUUCAAUCGCUGCCAGAUACGAAUGUUAACUUUUCAAAUUCAUUAAAUACUUAUUUAGUACAUCGCAAGCCGGUGUCUCUUUCUCGUUUUAAAUUGUGGGAUAGUCAUUCGAAUGUGUCACCUAUUUCAAGUUCAAGGUCUAUAUCUUGGCCGGGCAAGAUGGAUGGCCGGAUUCGAAAAUUUGAAAGUUUGACAAAAAGCAACAAUGAAUUUGGAUCUUCGUCUUCUUUAUCGACAGUCAGAAGUAAAAGUGAACCUCCUUGUAGCAAAUUAUAUUUUUCUCAAACGUCUCGACCUGUAUCUCCAACGGUAACAUUUCACAAAAAACAAGAAUCUUCAGUCAAGGAAUCACCUUCACCCGUAAGAUUUUUUGUGUCGCAUAGAUCAUUGUCUCCGAAUGUUAUGAAUAAAACACAAUACUUGGAAAAGUUGUCACGAUCGCCGACCAAGAUUAUUUUUUCAAAAACUAAACACUCAAAAUCAAAUGAUGAAGACUAUUAUUCAAAGAGACCACUGAGCGAGGAUUUUGAUAAAAAGGCAACAACAUUUUUUUUCUCUGAAACGUCACUGCCAGUUUCACCUCAAGUCAGAAGUCCCCACAACAGAAGUCAAUCGACGUCACCAGCACCAGUUCGAUCUCCAUCUUAUCGUCGAAUACAUAAUGUUAGGGCUCAAAAUAAACUUGAACUUACCAACAAAAAAUAUCGCACUUUAAGCGCCGAUAACGCCGUUGAAAAGAAACUUGAAACGAAAAUCUAUUGUAGGCCAAAGAGUGAUUCGAAUUUACAUAAGAAUGAUCCUGAAUAUGAAGAGUAUAUAAAUGAUAUUCAAAAUGUGACGAACCGGUCCAUAAGGUUUCGUGAACUAAAUCGAUAUUAUUCAUAUUUAGAGAGAGUUGCUGAGCUUGAAAAAGCUACCAACAAUCAAAAUACGUGUUAUAGGAAAAGGGAUGAAGAAAUUAUAGAUUUCGAUAGGUGGAAAAAAAUUCGAACUAUAGAAAGAGCAGAAGAGGAACUGGACAAUCUGUAUAAAAAACUAAGAAAAGCUCAAAAUGAAAAUGAUGUGUUAUUCUAUCCUAAGGAUGUGAACGAUUUACGAUGGAAUUUUAAUAAAGAAAGAGGGUUAAGAAUGAAAGAAAAAUCUGUGGAGGAUUUAAAAGAGGAAUUGGAACAAAAAACUAGUGAUGUAGAUAAUGAAUUAGACUGUUUACAUGGUAAGGAUACUUACAAACCUCUCUGGAGAGGUACAAGUGUGGCUGAAACAGCAUUCACUAUAAAUAGAAAAAAUGAAAUAGAAAACAAGAAGAUAAGUAAUGCUAGAAACACAACACUUAACAAUUUACAUGCCAAUCAUUUAAGUGAUUUAAGAAGAAAAAUAGGUCUUGGUAGUCGUUUAUGGAGUAGUCUAUCUAUGGAUCAAGUAAAUGCUCUUAAAAAUCAGUUAAAUGCUAUAUACAGCAGAGAAUUAGAAACAAAACUUGAAAACAACGAAAAUUAUACCAUAACAGUAAAAGACGCAAAAUCUGCCAAGCAACCUGACCUUCACGUACGAUGUAAUUCUUUAACUUCCCCUAAAACGGACAUAAUAAUACCAGAAAUCAAUAAAUCAGAAUCAAUUGCAGCUAUAAGUUGUCAAUUGUCUUCCGAAAAAGAAAUAAAAAAUAAUGUAAAUAAAAUGCAAAUGUCUCUCACUGAAAGUGAAAAGAAAAAGUUAUCACAAUCUCUAAGUAAAGAACUAUUAAAACGGAUAAAUAAAUUUGACACGCCAUUACAAAAACCAGAACCGGAAAAGCCAGUUCAAGUAAAAAUAGACACAAACAAAAUUCAUGAAAGUAAAUGUUCUGAUAUAGAUCAUAAAUUAAGUGAAGAAAUUAAUAAACCUACAAAUGAAAACAUUAGACACCUUAUUUUUCCCGUUCCAAAACAGGAUACUUCAAAUCAAUCAUCCGCAAGUGAAACAGAUACUUUAAGCUCCGAUAUAUCAGGAAAAACGGUUAUAUAUAAAGGACCUGUAAAAGAAGUACAAAAAAAGGUUCAAUAUUUUGAAUCAGUAAAAGAUGAGAAAGAAUCGCCAGUCACAGUUCACCUUGCGAAAGAUACUCUAAAUGAAAAAAAUCAACACAUAACGGAACCAGUUAAACCCCCGGAGAAAAUAGAAAAUAAAUCAGGGUAUAACUCUAUUGUUCAAUCCCAAUCCUGUUCAAAUUUAAAAGAACUAUUCGGAGAGAGUGAAGCAAAUAAAUUUUUAUCUUUACCAGCUAAGUCUGACCUAUAUUCAAGAACCCCAUCGCCCCAAUCGGAAGUACAAGUCGAUCGAAGAACGCCUGACACGCUACGUUUCUCUAGUGACGAGACAAUCUGGCGUAGUCGAACACCGUCCCCCGAUGCAGAGCGGUACUGGCGUGCAUACCUCAAACUGGCACGCGAGGGGGAAGUUCGCCGUCUCGCGCGACGUUUUGAUUCGCCGUCCGCAGCCGGUGCAGUACUGCGGCGGUAUCGUAGCGACCCCGAAAUUAUAAGAAACGAUAUAAAAAAUAACUGGCCCACAGACAAGACAUUCAGGCGGGGAAAAUGUAGAUCUUUGUUACCGGUGGCUCGUAUGCCGCUCCGUCCUAACAACCGUUUCAUGCCACACAUUGAUGUUAUAUCUAAAUUGGCGGCACUCAGAAAAAGAAACACGGCUAGGUCUCGGUCUGCUGAAGAAGUUUUAGAAUGUCGACCCGGCGAAGUAGAACGUAUACGACGAAGAUUCGAAGCUAUGUCGCUGCUCGGACAGAUGUAUACCUCAACCCCAGAUGUUUGCGAACUUCAAAAUAUUACAUCUUAUUUGGCCGGACCAUGGAUCGCACAUCGGUAUCCAAAGCCAGAAGAUAAUAAGAAGCCUAUUAGAGAUUCAGAUAAUUCGUUACGGGGUCGGACGACGUUAAACAAGAAAGAUAAAACAAAACCUAAGGGAUCCGUAAAUUUAAACUCUAUCCUUAAAAGCGAUUCAUUAGCUAAACAAGCCUUCAAUCCCUUGGUUCACCAACCGGCAAGCCGUUAUGAGCCGCCGCGCACACCGCCUCGGCCGCCGCCGGCCGCGUGGCCGUACCGUCUUGCGCCCUAUGUUACACCGUCGCGGCACACAGUCACAUUCAAAGGUUAA